AGAUGGCGGCCCCCAGUGGCGCUCAGGCGGCUGCGCAGAGCUCCUUCCACCCGCCAUUUCCGCUUCUCGAGUUUACCCGGAUGUUUAGGAGGAAGCACACUUCCUGUAAGUGGAGGCAUGCAAGGGUCCAAGGGAAGAAAGUAAGGAGGUGUGCAUAUGUCCACAAACUCAGUUUGUGCCUGGAGAUGUCAUCCUCCCUUUCCAACUAUGCCUUGCGGAUGGCCCGUCUGAGUGCCCGGAUAUUUGGAGAAGUUGCUCGCCCAACUGAUUCAUCAUCAAUGAAAGUAGUUAAACUGAUGAGUGAACAACCCUACGCAAAACGGAAGGAGGUUUACGAUUGGUACCCUCCCCACAACACUUACCAUGGCCUUAUGAAGAAACUUCGUUUCUAUGGGCUUUACAGAGAUGAACACGAAGAUUUCAAAGAUGAGAUGAAACGCCUGAAAAAGCUACGUGGAAAAGGACCUCCUAAGAAAGGCGAAGGAAAGAGAGCUUUGAAAAAGAAAUAGCAUCACCGUGUAACUGAUACUUUAAUAAAAUGUCUUGGACUGAA